GAACUUAAAUUGUCUUCUGACAGUUUAUGGAGCUAAGAUUGUUUUAAGCUGCCUAGUAUUUAAUUUAGUAGUAGCCACUUUAUAGUUAAAUACUUCUUAUCUCAACUUCAGUAGUAGUCAGAGGUACUUUACAAAAUAAGUAGGACGGAUGGAAAAGCCUCCUGCAUUGUGCUAUUAACACUAGUAAUUUUUAAGGAAUAAAGGGAGGCUUACAAGAGUUAUGAAAGAAGGGUGAUGAGUGUGGUCAUUUGACUGCCUGGUCAACAGGUGUAGAUUCCUGCAGGGUUCGUUCUGUGGCAUCACUGCAUUGUCUGCAAAUGUAAGUUGGAAGAUAAACAGAGGGUGUGAGAUAGUGGCUCAUAGUAGAUACCACACUGUACUUGAAUAAAAACUAAUUGUAUGUAAUAAUGCGCCUCUGACAAGGAUUGGGGUUCCCUGCUUCCAUCAAGGGAAGAAAAUAUUAGCCUCAAGUCUUAUGUAGUUGAUAGAUCAUAUACCCAAAUGAGUUUUUCUGGUGGGUUGAUGGGAGCUUGGGGGAAUCUUUCUGUCAAUAGGAGAUACAGGCUGAUCUCUGAGGUUGUCUUAAUACCAUAAUAGAGUCUUUCUUGUCUAAUUCUGUAAUUGUCUCUGUCCUCUGGGGGAGGUGGGAAGUUAACCCACAGAAGUUAGCUUAGAUUAAUAUUAAAAAAAUGCCCAAGCAUUUUUUGCAGCAUUUCCAUAUCCCAUUGGUUGCUUUUAGAAGAUUGACCAGCUGACACCAUGAUCAUCAGACAUGGUCAUACUGGGUUCCUUGUUCCUUUCAUUGUGGAGAUCACUGUAAGGUUUUAAGAAAGAGGAGGAAAUUGAGUAGUUGAGUUCCAGUGUUGUCUUCUUCAUUUUUCUUAACUGAUUGACAUUGACCUAAGGGAAGGAACCAUGGCCUCUGUCACAUGAUUGCUUCAAUCUGCUGGCUCUUGUGUUGAAGUGAAUAAAGUGGAAUGGAACUGCUGUUUUCCAUCUGAACUGUGUCUUCUCAAUUCCCUAUUUUCUUGCAUCUCUGACUAUGGGAAUUUUCUAGCGCGAUAUUUGCAUCGUAGGAGUUUGUUUCCCUUUGAUUAACUUUCUACAACACUCAGCUGUUUUAAAACGGGAAGGAAGAGCUGGAAGAUGCUGUCAUCAUUAAAAAUAGUCCCAGAAUAAUUUCUUCUGUAAACAAGACAAUGGUUCUGUUUACUAAACCAGAUUAAGAAAAACAGUCUUCUUAAGGAAGACUUUCUUGGUUACAGAACUUUCUCUGAAACAUAGAAUGAAGUCAGGCACUGGGGCAUGGGAUGGUGAGAAGAUACUUAUAUAAUUAAAGACCAUUUGAUGUGUCUUAGGGCUGUGUUAGGUACACUCUUAAUGAUUGGUUGUUUGGAGCUGGGGUGGACCCAUUAUCACAACUGUGCUAGGCUGAGUGUCUAAUAUGUAAAACACAGGAAGUUGUUACAGAUCCCUUAUUUGGGAUCCUGUUUGAAGAAUGAUGCUGACUUCUCUUCUUGUGUUUUAAUAUUUUUUUUAUCCAGGCUGUAUGAAUGUCAUUGUAAACACUUUGCAAAUUGAACAGUUUCGUUUCUCCUCUGUGAAAAAUACUGUUAAAAAUUAUAUUUUUGGUUUUUAGUAGAUCCUUUAUGGGCUGCUUUUCCUUGUCUUUUCUCUGUUUUGUAGCUUGGUCUGACUCUUCAGCAAGGUUCUUUCUUACACUGAAGUCAGCAAAAUCAGCAAUUUCAUCAGUUGCUAGUUUAGCAACUUUAUCUAAACAGCUGGUUUGUUAUGUUCUGUGUAGCUGAAGUUUGCACUGAUUGAAUUAGGGAGUAAGGCUAAACACUUGAGUGGGAUGUUCUGGCAAACUUUUUCAAAGCAGGCGGGGUAAAAAUACUAAUAGUGAAAGGAAAAAAAACUACUAGAGAGUGCAAUGUCUUUUUCAAGUAAAUAAUAGCAUCACUUAGGUUGGAAAAGAUCAGGGAGUGCAACCAUUAGCCCUGCACUGCCAGAUCCACCACUCAAACAUGUCCUCAAGUGUCACACCUAGACAUCUUUUAAAUACCUUCAGAAAUGGUGAUUCAACCACUUCCCUGGGUAGACUGUUCAGUCCUUGACAACCCCUUCAGAUUUUUUUUUUCCCUGAUACCUACUUUAAACGUCUGCUGCUGCUGAAGGCUGUUUCUGCUUGUCCUGUCACUUGCUUCCUGGGAGAAGAGACUGACUCCCACCUUACUAAAUAUCCAUUUCAGGUGGUGUAGAGAGUGACACGGUCCCCACUGAGCUGCUGCUUCUCCAGACACUUCACCAGCUUUGUCCUUCUCUGGACUUGCUCUGACACCUUGGUGUCUGUCUUGCAGUCAGGGGCCCAAACUGUACAGAGGGUUCAAGGUGUGGCCUCACCAGUCCUGAGAACAGAGGAGGGAGUCUUCCCUCAUUUCACUGGCCACCCAGACCAGGAUGUCAUUGGCCUUCUUGGCCAUGUGGGCACACACUGGCUCACAUUCAGCCAAUGCUGACCAGCACUCCCAGGUUCUUUUCUGCCAGACAGCAAUCCAGCCACUCUUCCCCCAGCCUGUAGUGCUGCUUAAGGUUGUUGUGACCCAGACAGAGGUCUUCAACUUGGCCUUGUUGAACCUCCUCCAGUUGGCCUAGGCAUGUCCAGCCUGUCCAAAUUGUUCUGCAGGGCCUUCCUGCACUCUAGCAGAUAAAUACUCCCAUUCAGCUUGGUGUUAACUGCAAAGUGACAAUCAAUCAAUCCCCUUGUCCAGACCAUAUGUUUUCUUUAAAAAUAUUAAAGAGCAUUGAGCCUUGGGAGCCCCACUACUGACUGGCUGCCAACUGGAUGUAACUGUUCCCCACCUGUGUUCGGGCUCAGCCAGCCAGCUUUUUCCCCAGUGGAGGGCACACUCGUCCAAACCAUGAGCAGCCAGUUUGUCCAGGAGAAUGCUGUGGGAAAUGCUGAGAAAGGCUUUACGAAGGAUUUGGUACCCAGCAUACGCAGCCUUUCCCUCAUCCUCUGUACAGGGCACUCUGUCAUACAAGGAGAUCGGGCUGGUCAAGCCAGACCUGCCUUUCAUAAACCCAUGCUGCUGGGCCUGAUCCCUCACUUGUCCUGUAUGUGUUUUGUCUUGGCACUCGAGAUCAUGAGCCAGUUGCUGUUAAUGACACAUGACUGAACCCAAUAGGUGAGUUUUCCACUAUUUUGGAGUUUGAGGGAAAAACUCUUACUGAAUUACUGCAAAAACUUAGAGAUGGCUCUAGAAGUUGAGAGUGACUGUCCAGACAAAUCUGCAGCGAGCCUUCAAGUAGAGUCAAGGGAAUUGGAGCUGAAAAGUGGCAGUGCUACUUCCCAAAGAGAGUUGAAAGGUUGGAAUUGCAACAGCUGCAGCCUGUGAAGUAUUUCCUCCAGAAUAGUGCAGGAUAACCUGUAGGAUAUACUUAAGGUUGAUAAAUUCUACUUCGUUCAUUGCCUGGCUUUCUUACUGGUAGGUACUGUUACAAAACCAUAUCUCUAACUCUACAACUAAAUUCUGGUGCAAGAUAUGAGUGGAGAAGAGUAAAGAAGUAGUGGCUGGUUGCACUCAAGUAAAGUAAUCAUGAGACUGUUAGGGGAGAAGUGGAAUAGUAGGAGGCUGUACCUGUCAAGUAAAUUUCCAUAGUAACUUGUGGCUAGAAUGGCUACUUUGGACUUUCACAAGAUUAGGCAACAGUAAUUCAUUCACAGCUACUGAUAAGGCUGCUCACUGUUUAAGAUGUGAGCAAUACAGGACUAGAUUUUCCUUGAGUCUGUCUUGCCAGAUCUGUGUUUCAGAUAUUUCUCUGUUUUUCUUUUACUAGACUCUGUAAUGAGGUGAAAACUCUAUUUGAAAAAUGGAUCCUUUCUUUGAUAAUUCUCCGUAAUUUCACAAGUUCAACAGAUGGGAUCCUAACUUUUCUUCCUCACUUUGUAAUGUGUGAAAAUAACAUUUUUCUGUUGCUUAAGCAAUUAAGUUUGGCUUGUAUCUGUAGCUGAAGACUGCGCAGACAUAAGCAGAUAGUUUCAGUGCAGCUUUAAAUGUCAAAACUGGGCUUUAAGAACAUUCAGUGAUCCUAAAAAAGGCAGUAGAAAUUUGUGGCAGGUUCUGUUUCAUCAGCAUCAGCCUAUCUGCCUCCUGCACUGUGUCAAUACUUGUUUAACUGUGUAAUUAUGGAAACUGAUAGCGUGUGGCACAAGAAACAGGAGAAGCACAGGCACCUAUAAAGGCCAGCUGGUUUCUUACGGCUGCCAGUGGACAGAAGAGUUCUACUCUCACAUGGCCUUGGAGACAACCUAGAGUGAACCCAUGCUUCUAUGCAAAGAACACACACAUGGUUUGUUAGUCAUGAAACGAAUUCUUCUGGUUUUUAUCCUGGCUGCUGCUGUUAUGUAUGGUAUCCUGCAUGGAAAUCUGUGGAGAAAUAACUUCUAUUGGAUUAGCUUUUAUGGACAGACUUCCUCUGUGAGGGCUUCUCCUUCCUAUGUGACUAGUGGAGUUACAAUCAGUUACAAUCAGCUGCCACCUACGGCUGUCAAGAGGAGGAAUGCAUUGGACACUUGUCUCCUGAAACCAGCAUUUGAAUCUUUACUAGGUGUUGACAAAAUAUACCCAUUCCUGUGCGCUAAUGAUUUUAUCAGAGUGGCAGAGUUCCAGGGGAGCAAUAAGUUUGAACUACCUUAUGGAAUAAAGAGAGCAGAGCAAUUUUUUCGUUUAGCUCUUUCAAGACUGCAGAACUGUGGCCUUUCCAGUGAAGAAGACAGCAUUCCCUGUCGACGGUGCGUUGUGGUUGGUAAUGGAGGAGUACUUCGAAAUAAGACAUUAGGGGAGAAAAUUGACUCGUAUGAUGUCAUAAUAAGAAUGAAUAAUGGCCCUGUGAUAGGGUAUGAAGAGGAUGUUGGGAGGAGGACGACUUUCCGCCUUUCUUACCCAGAAUCUAUCUUCUCAGAUCCCAUCCACUACGACCCUAAUACCACUGUUGUUCUCAUUGUCUUCAAACCACGGGACUUGAAGUGGCUUUGGGAGAUACUUGGUGGUCAGAAAAUAAGCACGAAGGGCUUUUGGAAGAAACCGGCUCUGAAUAUGAUCUACAAAUCGAGUCAAAUCAGGAUUCUUGAUCCCAGCAUCACCAGGAAAGCUGCUUAUGAGUGGCUUCAUUUCCCAACAAGGUUUCCUAAGAAGGAGAAACCUAAGCAUCCAACAACGGGGCUAAUUGCCAUUACACUGGCAUUUCACAUAUGCCAUGAAGUCCACCUGGCAGGCUUCAAGUAUGACUUCAAUGACAGAAAUAGCUCUUUGCACUACUAUGGCAAUGAAACCAUGUCUCAGAUGAUGCAGAAUGAAUACCACAACAUCACCGCCGAGCAGAAAUUUUUGAAGAAGCUUAUAGACAAGAACUUUGUGGUCAAUUUGACGUGAAAGCUGAAUUGGAAAAUACAAGGAACAAUCACUAUUUUCAAGAUUUGAAAAAUGUUUAUUUUUUUGUAUGACAUUUUUAUUUUUUAAGUGCAACAAUACUGUUUACUGUUUAAAGGAGCCCAGAAACCUCAUCAAGGCAAAAACUUUUAACUGAGGGUAAUAGACUGUUGCAGCGUUAACUGAAUUUCUGUGAGGCUAUUUAAUAGUGGGAAAAGCAUGAAACUUUCAACUGAAAGUAUCAGGGAUAUAUGAAAAUGUGACGUACCUCACUUAUUUAUCAGUGAGAACUCUUCGAAAUUAUUAAUUCUUUGGAAUACUUUUUUUUCUGAUACUGUCCUCCAAAAGAGUUCCACUGACAAGAGACUGAGAUGACCAGUGUUCAUUCAGUAGGUGGAUGUAAAGUCAUGACUAUCUGUCUUCUUGUAUGAAAAUUGCUUUAAAACUAUGCAUCUAAAUUGUUACUGUGUGUUUUGGAGAAGGGGGAACAUACAGACUGUACAGGUUUUGUUCUGCCAUACUCCUGAGGAGAGGAUGUCCACCUUCAGGCGAGCAGCCACAGCUUCUGCACUGAACAUCAACUCUGAGCUUCUGUCUGCCUUUGCCAAAGGUGAAGACCCUUUGUCCAAAUUGUGGAGAUGUUGGUGUUGACAAUGCUUGUGUUAUACCCAUUUCAUAGAAUAAUAAUAAUCCCUGUGCUGUGCAUCCAGUAAAUUUAACAGUUGCUGACUAGAGUUAAAAAAGAGGGAAUAUGAAGACUGAAGAGCUGUCCAAACUACCUGUGUGUCAGCCCCCAUACCGCAAUAGAAAUACCAGCUUGGACAGAGAUAUUCAUGCCUGAGUUUAGAGUCAAUGUUUGUUGGAGUCCUAGUUCUCCCGACAGCAUCUCAUGCAUUUUUUAUUUAAUCCUCAAAAACAGGUGGAUUUUUCCAAAUGAGGACAAUCUCCUUCCUCAGAUGUUGUAGUGCAUCAGUACAAGCAAGGAAUACUCCCAUUUUUGGCAUUAGAGUGUGGUAGGGAAUGUCCAGGAUGUAUCUCAGCUGAAUUACCAUUUGGCAUCUGUUUACCUCUUCUGUGUUGAUAUUUAAGUUUGAAGUGUGUGGAUGAACUAAAUCAUUUAGCAGUGGGAACUUGCUCAAGAUUUUAGUUGAAACAUUUAAUGGGAUGUUUAUAUUUCCUGUAUUGGUUUGUCUCUGACAAGCCUAUGAAUAAAUGAAGUCUGCUUGGGAACACACUUUACAGCAUCAAAGAACAACAAUAUGCAGUUUCAUUGUACUUACUGAUUUGAUGCCAAGCAUUGUAAUGAGCUAACCAGCAAUUUGGACAUAAAAAUACUUUUUACUGACACUUGCAGUCAGUAAAAAAAUACAUAAAAAUAGUGACUGACGCUUGCAGUCCCAAGCGUCAAUGAACAAUGGUAUGCAGUUCCAGUUCUCUCACAGGACAUCUAUAUAAAAUUUUUAUUUUAAUUAUGGCAGAAUUUCUGGAAGAUUUUGUGGUUAUCUUUAUCAAUCAAACCUGAAGAAAGCACAAAUAAGUCCACUUUUAAAAGUCUUUGAAGUUAGCAGGAAUACCGUUGUUGCUUUUCAAUAAAAUUAUAUAGAGAGGACAUUUAGGAGUGAUGCAAACAAUGACAAUAUGAACAUAAACCAGGGUAUUUGUUAUUUUCAGAAGGUGAGGAUUGCAAGUGUGCUGAAAACAAUUUAUUUUACUGCAGCUAUGUAGAGGAAUGGCCAUUUGGGAAUUAGGGGGGGAGGGCAGUGUCGCCUGGAGAGGUGCCACAGUUGAAGGGAAGGAGGCUUGUGUUUUCACCCAGUGAUUCCUGAACUUUGGUCUGUUUCAAACAAGCUGGACAUACCUGAAAUAACUUGAGAUGUCAGAAAAAUCUGUGGCAUGGGUUGGGGAAGGAUGCAGGUGUGUCCCAGCAAUGGACAGGGUGUGCUCUGGUGUCUUGUCUGCUGCAUGUUGCUUGGCUGCAGCUGCACUCCAGCUGUGUGCAGGGUGGCACCUGGGGGUGUGGAGGAGAGGGGAGCAUGUCCCCAGGUGUUGGAACAGGUGACACUGGUGGUAGAAAUGGAGGCAGAAGGGCUCUUAAUUUUUUGUAUUUCCUUUUUUGGAGAGAUUUUUGCUUGAAAUUUUCAAUACAAACAGGUGGGGUUUAAGAAAAUAAUAGUGACAUUAUUGUCUUUGUGUCUCUGCCAGCAUUUAUUUCUCCUGGUUAUUUCAGUUAAUUAAAAAGGUUUGUUAGUGAUUCUGCAGCCCCAGAACUACAGUGAUUUAAACUCCUGAUAAUAGUAAUUCCACUGCAAAAGCUGCUGUGGUGAGGCUUUUUGCAGACAUAGCAGUGUUCUCCAAGCUGUUGUUGCAGAGGAGCCCCUGGUAGAUCUUAGACUGUGUUGAGAGCCAAGGCCAGCCGAAGUGGGGGGCUGCCCCUUCACCCUCAAAACCUGUGGUUGCUUCCAGAGCUGGGGCCCCCUGCUCUCCCAGUGGCUGUUGCCACAGUCCAGCUGCAUCCAUGUAAUGUCUUGCAGGAUGCUGUGCUGGAGGAAUGUUUUCCAGGAGAGCUGCUGAAUAUGUUCCAGACACUGAGGAGAGUUCUUGUGAUGGUACAGACUGCAUCCCUCUGCUUCUCCCCCUCUGUCUCCAGUUCCAGGAAGUGGGUAGGGAGCUUUGCUUUUGAAGAUGUGGUUAUUUUCUCUGAUUUAUUUCAUCUCCAGAGAUACUCUUCCCACUAAUCUAAACUGAUUCCUUCUCCAAUUUUUCUAGUAGGUUUUCUGUUUUUUUGGGGAAGAUGGGAUUUGGAUUCUAGCUGUAGUAGAUCAAACAAAAUAAUUGGAAAAAAAGAGAAUCCUCAUGGCAAACAAAUGAUGUCUCCCAAACUCUUUGUACUUAAAAAAAAAUCCCUUUAGUCUUCUUCACUUUUGCCACAUCAGCUUUUUGAUCUCCCUAAAAUAUUUUUUAAAAAUAAUGUUUGGUGUUCUCAAUGAAUUUAAUAUGUUCUCUACAAGCAUUUGUCAAUGUCAGCUGUUUCUUUUCAUAUUCUAAUAAGCCUUCCCAUGGUAUGGCUGACUUAUUUUAAAAAUUAAGCAGUAUUUCCAGGAAUAUUUUUCUCCCACUUCUGUGCUCCUCCCAGGGGUGUUGAGUCCUCCACAAUUACUGUCUGUGGGUGGCUGGGUAACAUUUUGAAUGAAACUGUUCUCUCAGGAUCAAGCCAAGAGCUGAUGCUGCUGAUAAACUAUGGGGCAUUUGUGGUGGUUUUAUUUAUUUUUUUUUUUGGGGGGGGUUUUUGUUUGGUUGGUUUUUGGGUUUUUUUGAUUUUUUUUUUUUGAAAGCCCAGCUUGCAGGCCAGUAGCUUUUCUCCUCUAUAAUAAGCAGUGAGCCAAGUCAUGAAUUUUUCUCGCCACAAGAUGUUUUGUAGGAUCCUGUGUACACCAGCCCUGUUCCAGCACCUGCUUCAUGUACAGCAUUCAUGCUGCUCUGCCUCAGGGACAGGUCUUGCUUUGAACUUCAUUCAGGCAGGAACACCCAUAUGUAGUGUGUUUCUCAGCAAUGGUCACAGAUUAGUGUCUCUUCUGUCUAGGCACACAUUUUCACAGGUUUUUUGCGGUACCAAAGACUUAACUUAGGGCUUUUAGAAUAAAACAAUAAUGUUAACACCAAAUAUUUAGAUAGUUUCUGAGCCUGAGCUGCUAUUAAGACUUUUUUUGCUUUUUGCCAUUUCUGAAAUUGAGAUCUGCACUGAAACUUCCCUUUAAAAGCUAUCCUGUUUUUUUUUUAAUCAAAUCAGGAGUGAAACUGCCAGUUUUGAAUCCCAGGGUGCUGCCAGCUUUAUUUCUGUCUGAUAAUGAUGCAACUGUGUAGGUCUCCAGUGUCUCCCAUCAUUUUUUCAUCUGAAGUCAGAUGUUCUCCUCCCUUCUUAUUCUGUUCCUGUUCUCUGGCAGAUUGCUGAAUUUACAGCAAAGGUGCUUCUGCAUUUUACCUGCCACCCCUCUCAAAAUUCUCCACUGUCAGGUAGUCACAACUCUAAAAUACCAAACUAUGCGCAGAACAGGCAGGAUGACACAUGUUGGCUGAAAGCUCUGUUUGGCUCAGACUUUCAGGAGGUUUCUUUGUUGGGAAACUAUUAUUUCCUCUGCUGUAAUAAUUAAGGGAAGUCACAGACUAUGGCACUAAAUACGAGUCUGAGAGUGCCUAAAAGAUGUUCAUAAACAUAUUCCAGCUAUUUCCAGUGACUAUAUAGGUGAUAAUAAUACAGAAUCACAACUUCGGUGUUUAAUUAGCAUGUGGUACUUCUUGUUUCCAAUGCCAUGCUUUCCUUUUUAGCAAUGCUCUGGGGGAGAGUAUAAAUACCUUCACUUUUAAGUGGACUCUGAUUUUUAAGAACAUACAAAGCUCAGCAAAUGUUUUUUGUAUUGGGAAAUAUUUAUUUUAUUUGCCAUUUGUCUUAAGUUUUAUAUGCCUUUGAAGUGCCACCUGUAUUUUGAAGAAUUCCUCGAGUUGUUUCAAGUGAAAUUUUGAAUCUUGAUAUGGAAGGAGAUUAUUUUCCUGUAAAUAAACUGUUAAAGACAGUGCCCUCA